AUGGCUAAACUUGUCCAUAAUGUUCAGAAAAAACAGCACAAGGAGCGUUCGCAGACACUGGACAGAGCCCGCUAUGGUCUUCUAGAAAAGAAAAAAGACUACAAGUUGCGUGCAGCAGACUUCCACAAGAAAGAGGCGGCAUUGAAAGCUUUGAAGCAGAAAGCUGCCCAGUACAACCCUGAUGAAUAUUACCAUGCCAUGGUCAACAAGCGCACGGAUGAUGACGGGAUCAUUAUUCAUGAAAGACCCAACGAGAAACUCACCACCGCGCAAAUUAAGUUGUUGAAAUCACAGGACCUUAACUAUGUUAGAACUAUGAGACUCAAUGAGAGCCAUAAGAUUUCCAAGCUCAAGAACGAGUUGGGUUUCAAGGCUCAGGGAAAGCACACUGUUUUUGUGGACUCCGAGGCCGAGAAGAACAGUUUCCAGCCAGAGAAUUUCUUCGGCACUGAUGUGGCCAUGUUAGAAAGAAGAGAGAACAGAUUGAGACUUGAUCAGCUCGAAAGCAGCGACAAGCUCAUUCGCGAAGAUAUCACUGAUGCUGAGGAGCGUGAGAAGCUCGAGAAGGAGAAACUCAAUAAGUACCGUCUUUUGAAGGAGAGAAUGCAGAGAGAGAAGGAGUUGAAGGAGGUGGAGGAUGCCAUGUGUUUGACCAAGGAGCUCAUGAAGGACGGUAACUGCAGAAAGUUGAAAGACGCAGAGGGAAACAUCCACUACAGGUGGAAAGCUCAGAGAAAGAAGUAG